AUAACUAUUGGUACAAUCUCUAUACCAUUAACAGUAUAUAAUAUUAUUUCUCUAUGCCCAUUAAUAAAAGCAAACCACAAAAUAUACAAAUAAACCCCCAACUUAGAAUUCGUUUUAUCAGUAAAAAUUAAUAUUAAUAUAAUGCUAAGUAAUCUGUGAUACACACGUACCACAGCACACUGUUGCAGCAAUCUAAUAGUAAACUAAAGCUAAGUAAGGAUUUUUUUAUAAUAUGUGUAUCAAAGUAUCUUUGUAAGUCAAAGAAUGACUGAAACAUUACAAUUGGAGGUGCUUUCUACAAUACACUGCAAACAGCAAGUUGUUCGAGCAGUGAGAUUUAAUAUCGAUGGGAGUUAUUGCCUAACCUGCGGCGCUGAUAAAAAAAUUAAACUUUGGAACCCACAUAACGAUUUGCACUUGAAAACAUAUGGAGGUCAUGCAAAUGAGGUGUUAGAUGUUGCAGGUUCAAGUGAUAAUAGUCAGAUUGUAUCUUGUAGUGCGGAUAAAUCUGUUAUCCUAUGGGAUGUUACUACUGGUCAACCCUUGCGCAGAUAUAGGGCCCAUGCAAGCUCAGUAACAUGUAUAAAAUUCAAUGAAGAAUCAACCAUGGCAAUAUCUGGAUCCAUAGACAAUACAGUAGCUUUUUGGGAUGUCCUUAGUAGAAGACAGGAGCCAGUACAGAUACUAAGAGAUGCAAAAGAUACUAUCACAUCCAUACAGGUUACUGAUCAUGAGGUUUUAACUACUUCUGUUGAUUGCCAUACAAGAUUAUAUGAUCUACGAAUUGGAAAAAUGAUUUCUGAUUAUAUUGGUUCCAUAAUAACACAUGGAAGUUUAACACAUGAUGGGCAAUGCCUUAUUUUAAGUUGUUCAGAUGGAACUAUAAAAUUAAUAGAUAAAGAAUCAGGAGAACUUUUAAAUACAUUUAUGGGGCAUGAGACUAAUGAUUAUUUGCUUGAAAAUUGUAUUAAUGACAAAGAUAAUCAGAUCAUUUCUGGUUCUGCUACUGGUGAAAUAUUUUACUGGGAUUUAAUAAGUAGUAAUAUUACUAACAAGUUAGUUCAUACAUAUAAUAAACCAGUGGUGUCAAUUAGUCACCAUCCAUCUGAUAGCAUUUUACUAUCAGCUUCUGAAGAUGAAAUAAAACUAUGGGGUGUUAAUAGCAAAGAAUGAUAUAAUUUGUUAUAUAGUUUAAGGCCUCCGCAGUUAUUUCAUGUGAUAAUUGUUUUGGAUUAGUAGGUAUAGAAAGCUGAUUGAUAACUUCCCUUAAAUGAUCAAUAAAACAGAUUCAAAAACAAAAAUAAAAUAGAUGUCUCUGUCCCCAUUCAUAUGUGUUGUAUGUAGGUGUAUUAUAGGAAACUUUUACAUUGUUUUGGUUGGUUGUAAUUUUAAACACUUCUUAGUAUUAUUUUAAACAGCAAGUUAGCAUACUGCUAAAAAAUAA